CCUUUUUUUGUUCAAUAAAGUUUAGUUAAAGCGCUCCAGCUGCUUGAUGACGUCUUAGGCACGCGACGCAGUUUACAGGAGAUCCACGCGUGUUUUUCAGACCAGAAACCGGAGCGGUUCUAGUCCAGUUCAGAGUCCGUUCAGAGCGCCUGAUCCUGGGGUGAUGGGGGACCGCAGCCGGCUGUGCUCCGUGUGGCUGGGCUCGGAGACCGGGAUCCUGAAGGGGGUCAGCCUGAGCCGCCUGCAGGCCUUCAACUUCUGCAACACGAGCCGCCUGAGCCGAGACCAGGAGGUCCGGGUCCUGAGCUGGUCCGACCCGGCGGAGAGCGAGCUGCUGGUGGGCUCCGUGGACGGAACCGUGAAGACGUUCAGCACCGAGAAGGGGGCCUUCAUCGAGAGCCGGAGCUGCGGAGACCCGGCGGAGGGCUGCUUCAGCGGCCUGGUGGCGCUCAGCGGCUCCUCGCUGGUCACCUGCACGGAGAGCGGGACGGUCCGGGUCUGGAGGGAGGACCGCGGGGAGCCGGUGACCGAGCUGGCCGCCGGGAAGAACGUGGCCAGGAUGCGCCAGAGCCCGGUGCACCGGAGCAAGGUGGCCACCGGCGGGAAGGAGAACGGCCUGAAGAUCUGGGACCUGGAGAGGCCGGAGAGCCCGCUGUUCUCCGCCAAGAACCUCCGGGACGACUGGCUGGACCUCCGGAGGCCCCACUGGGUCCGGGACGUGGCCUUCAUCCCGGAGUCCGACAAAGUGGUGACCUGCACCGGAUACCACCAGGUCCAUGUGUUUGACCCCUCGUCCCCCCAGCGGCGUCCCGUCCUGGAGGCUGAGUUCGGAGAGUUCCCGCUGACCGCCCUGUCGCUGCCUGCCGGCGGCUCCACGGUGGCGGUGGGCAACACCCGGGGGCAGAUCGCCCUGCUGGACCUGAGGAAGGGGCAGGUCCGGGGCUGCCUCAAGGGGCUGGCGGGGGGCGUCCGGGGGCUGCAGUGCCACCCCAGCCGGCCUCUGCUGGCCUCCUGCGGCCUCGACCGCUUCCUCCGAAUCCACGGCCUGGAGGACCGCAAGCUGCAGCACAAAGUUUACCUCAAGUCCCGACUCAACUGCCUCCUGCUGGCCGGACGGCUGGAGGACGGGGGGACGGGGGACACGGGGGAGGACGGGGAGGGGACGGAGGUGAAGGAGGAGGACGAGGACGAGGACGAGGUCUGGGACAGCAUGGAGCAGGUGGAGGAGAAGGCCAAGAGGAAAACCACAGAAGAAGGAGGAGAAGAAAUGCAGAAGAAGAAGAAGAGGAAGAAAGACUGAGAGGCGUUCGAGGACCGAGCAGAGCGUGGGACGUUUGGACUCCUGCAGCCACAGACUAAAAAACACAAACUGUUUGAAAUGUGAGAGACUUUACAGACAUUUUAUAUAAAAUGAAUUAAGAGACGUUUCCUCUGAGCCUUAAAACACAUAAAAAUAAAUCAGAAUCUGUUCAAAACCUGUUUAAGUUUACUUUGAUGGAAGUAAAAUUUCUACAAAUUGAAACAUGAAUUAUGACAUAAAAAUGUAUACAUACAAAUGAUGAGACACAAACGACCACCAAGAGACACAAAAUGACGACAGAGACACAAAACAACCACAAAGAGUCACUAAUCUGUUUCAGUGGUUUUAUUUCGGGUCACAGUAGUAACAGUGGAAUGAAAUGUCUCUCGUCAGCAGACAAACGUCUUCAUCGAUCUGAUGCUGAAAUCAAAACUCAGCUGUCAGAGGAAACAGGAAGUAACAGCAGCUCUGCUUUAAUUCAGUCUCAUUAAAAACAAAAAAACAAAACACUUAAAACAGAUAAAAUGAAACCGACUCAGCAGUUAAAUCCCUUUAAAACCAGAAACACAAAGUUAGAAACUGGAAAUAAACAGAAACUCCACAGUUAUGGAUUAAUUAUUAAAAAUAUUCAGUCCUGUGAUCUGCUGCUGGUUUUAAUGUUAAGCGUUUUUUACCUGAUUUAUUUCAUAUUUUGUGUUCAAUCUGACAGUUUGCGAGCUAUUUUUCUGCUUGAAACUGCUAAAAGAUCUAGUCAAAAUGUUUACCACAGGAUCCAGUCGUAUCUGCUUUAUGUUAUUAUUUUAUACAGUGGUGGAGAAAACAGCAACAAUAUUCUGCUUUAUUAAAUAAAAUAAACGUUUAAAGUGGUGUAAACUUGGA